GUCUCCAGUCCCUAUCUGGAUCAUGAUCGCCGCUAGGGCAGGUUCUCUCCAAGGUGGAGUUUCCUCCAAAGUGGACGGCUCCGCCUCCCGCCCCAGAGUGGACGCCCUUCGGUGCUCCAAGAGCCUGCCCUGGCCUUUGAGUUCGGGCUGCCGGAGAGGUGACGGGUCCUGCGGCUUCAGGAGAAACUGCCCCUCCUCUCGCUCCGGGGCUGCUUUCAGUAGACCGUGGGGAGUGGGAAGGGGGCGGGUCUCCAGGGGCCGGUACUUUCCGACGCUGGAAACCCGCUCAGCCCUUGGCGUCCCGGGACCCCAUUAACACCAGGGUCCCCCAGGGAGCGGCCCUGGGAGGGGCGGGGCGCCCGCUGUCCCUCACGUUGGCUUUCAGCUUCUCGAGUUACAGCUUCGGGUUCUCUCGCGGGUGCCUUUCCCUGCUCCGGGACAAAGCGGCUGGGUGGCAGUGGCGCGGUCAGGAGAGGACCCCCGCUGCGCUCGGGACUCCAGCUAGCAAGGCGCCCCGCCCGCCGCCCCGCUUCCACCCCUCCCGGCAGCGUAGGGAAAGCCCCCGCGGCUCCUCCCACCCCAGGGGCUUUUCUCCAGUCGCCAGCGACUUUGCUUCGGGAGCGCAGCCGCCUGGCGCCGCUUUCCGCGGGGCUGGAGCGCACGGUGCCCCUGGCUCUUCCGCGAACGCAAGGGGCAAGAAUCGGUGACCUCCGGGCGCGCCCCGCGUCCCGGGUCCCCUAACCGUCACCUCGGCCCCCGGCCCGCGCCUAGGCCUCCAGCAUGGUGCUGCUGGCUGGGCCCGGGCCGGAGGGCGGCGGGACACGCUGCUUGUCCCCGCAGUCGCCGACGCCACCCCGGGACGCGCAGACCGGGGACGACCCGGGGGACUACGAGGAGUACGAAGACUUCUCGAGUCUGCCGGACACCCGCAGCAUAGCAUCAGACGAUUCCUUCUACCCUCCCGGAGGCGAGGAGGAGUGCGGCGCGGCGGCGAGCGCGGAGUGCGUCCCGGAGGGCGUCCCGGAGGCGGCGACCCUCCUGCGCGCCGCCUGCACCAACGACGUGGGGCUGCUGCGGGCGCUAGUGCUGCGCGGUCCGAGUUCCGAGGAGGUACGAGAGACUGACCGCAACGGCCGGACUGGCCUUAUUGUGGCGUGCUACCAUGGCUUUGUGGAUACCGUGGUGGCCUUAGCAGAGUGUCCCCACAUUGACGUCAACUGGCAGGACAGCGAAGGGAACACAGCCCUCAUCACGGCUGCACAGGCAGGGCAUGCCACCAUCACCAACUACUUGCUGAAUUAUUUCCCUGGUCUGGACCUAGAGAGGAGGAACAUAUUCGGCUUCACAGCCCUCAUGAAAGCAGCCAUGCAGGGCCGAACAGAAUGUGUACGAGCCCUGAUGCUGGCAGGGGCAGAUGUUCAAGCGAGGGAUCCCCGUCGUGGGAUGUCCCCACAGGAGUGGGCUGCAUACACUGGCCGAGUGGAGGCUGUUCGUGUCAUGCAGAGACUUAUGGAGCGGCCUUGCCCAGAGCAGUUUGGGGACAAGUACAAGCCGGAAUUGCCAUUUCCCCCAGAGAUGCUCUUGAAGUCCCCGGGUUCCAAAAACUGCUUUCAGAGAUUCGCUGAGUUCCUGCGGACCACUCUGAGCUCCCGCUCAGGCCAGAGCCUGGAGGAUGGAGGCGUCCUUGAUCACAUGGUCAGGAUGACCACAAGCCUCUAUAGCCCCGCUGUUGCUGUCGUCUGCCAGACCGUGUGCCCGGAGAACCCUCCCUGUGUGGGGAAACGACGCCUGGCAGUACAGGAAAUCCUAGCAGCUAGGGGGAACCGGGACGCCUGUGCUCUGGAUAGCAACAAAGUAGAGGGCUCUGACCUGCAAUUCCAGACUUUGGAGGGUCCCAGAGCCAGCCCCUGGUCAUCCCAGUCUUCUGGGGCCCCAGGAUCCACCCCUGCCCCUGUCUCUCGGAAGGCCAGCCUCCUGCCGUUGCAGUUGCUGCGGAGGAGCAGUGUGCGGCCAGGUGUGGUGGUCCCCAGAGUGCGCAUCAGCAAGGCCCCUGCGCCCACCUUCCAGCCAGAGCGUGCAACGCCCAAGGGCAACACCAAGGACAGCAUCCACCUGCAGAUCCCCAAGUGGCGGUACAAGGAGGCCAAGGAGGAGAAGAGGAAGGCGGAGGAGGCGGAGAAGAAACGCCAGGCAGAGGCUCAGAAGGAAAAGCGGGCGCCACGGUGGAGGAAAAGGACGUGAAGGGGGCCAUGAGGCCACCGUGUGUGCCUGGAGUAGGGAGGCCACACUGGGAACCAGCUGGGAGGCUGCAGGUGGUGUAGACAGCACCACAGAGACGGGUACCCCUCUCUGCCAUGGGGUGCAUGCUGCAUCACACAGCCUCUGGGCCGUACUCCUUUCCCAGACCCACGAAAGGGGCGUUCACAUUGCUCCCAAGACAGAAUUGAAAAGACUAGAUGGUUGUUGCUUAAAACUAGUUCCCCGAGCAAUCUAUACACCCAAAGGGCAGUUUGCCUAGAAGUCACCCCUUAGAGGACUCCAAUUAAGAAUUUAAAAACUUAAUUUAUCAAAGGGCAUUUUCGCAUACUUUUGUAUUUUGUUAUUUAUGAAAAAUUGCAGCAUUUUACGAGUGGCAGGCUCUUUGUAAUUAAGGCAGUUUUAAUAUUUGUGUUUGGAGACCCUUUGUUUAAAAAACACUGUCUCUAGCAAUAAAUACUUGUAAUGACUCUGUGAAUUACACAGAACUCAUGGGAUUCUUCUCCCCUUUUGCCAUUUGGUUCUGGCCUUUGCCUUCUCGUGUCCCAUGGACACACCUGUGCACUGGCUUUUCCUUCGAACUUGAGUGAUGCCAAAUGCCUGUUUCUACUUGAUGAAGGCACUGACUUCUAUUCAAAAUGAUCGAGUGAGAUGGAAGUCUUACUUUUGGUUUUUAAUUCUUUUGUUCCUAUCAUCAUCAUCAUCGUCAUCAUCAUCAUCAUCGUCAUCAUCAUCAUCAUCAUCGAAAGUGAUAUGGCACAUUGCGGAAGUGUAUAUGUUGCUAGGACCAAAAUCAUUGAAAGCAAAGGGCUUGGAUAGACCAUCUUCCAGAGGAUCUGAGGAAAACGAUUAUUUAAGGGGGGCAAAUUUAACAAAUGAGUAGUAGAAACCAAGUCAUAUGUGCUCAGAAAAAAACCAAACAUGGAUAUCCUUAAAAAUGUCAAAGAUGCAGAGGGUAGGGAUGCUGCAAAACAUUGAGGAGCAGACAGGUGACCUUUAGAACAGGUGGUACAUACUGGAUGCUAGACAGUAGUUUGGGGAAGGUUUUCCUGGAGUGGGCUAUACUCUGAUGGUGGCCUUCUCCUCCAGAGAGUCCCUUGUGUGUUUUGACGGGCAGUUCCCCUUUGAUGAGCCCCAAGGUUCAGCUCAUUCCCACACCAACUUUGUAGAACUUCCAGGAUGUGGGGACUUUGGCGGGGAUGGGAUUUACCUUGGGUGCCAAGCUGUCAGUGAAAGUUUUCUUUCUCUGUCUUCCUUUCUUUUAUUUCCAAAGCAUUGAAAAAUCCCAGCUGAGUCUUAGAGUAUCUGUAUCAUGCACUUUAUUUGAUAUUUAAUGUAAAUACUUGGAAGCAAUAGAUUCAGAAUAUUACAGACUGAUUUAGAAGCCCUUUGCUGUGGUCCAUCUCACACUGUGGGUGCGUGCAGGGAGUGGGGGGCACUGGCUUAAUCUUAUUCUUUCCUCCUUGAUACAAUUAGGCAUUGAGCAACAAGAGAUCUCACACUAGCCUUCCCCCAAACUCCAUAAAAUAGGAUCUUAGGCUACUCCCAGGUGGAUUUAACACUGGUGUCACCAUUCAGUGUUUAAAAAUCACACUUAGUAAGUUUCUGUUUAACCCUGGAAAGGUACCAAGGUGAAUGCUGGGUCUUGACCCUCCUCUACAACUAUUGAUGUUAGUUAGCUGGGUUCAUCCUUGUGACCCAAGACUUUGGAUUGGCUAUAUCUCCUUGGGGACUGUGAGGACCACAAGGCACCUCAGUUAUCUUGGGGCCAUCUUUCCUGUCUCUUUUGGCAUUGUGUGUCUUCCUGUCAUAUACGUAUAACCUGCAGUACCAGCUAGCUUGUCACAGGUGCCACCACUGUGAGCCAAGGCAGUGCCAAAAUGCUUGCAAUCCGUGUUCCUUAUGCCGUUUGUCUACAGAUACAAUACCAACUGUUUUACUCCAUUUCCCUGCUUCAGAGGGGGAGCUGUAUUCCAGUGCAGUGGGAAGUACCAAGGUGACCACUGCUGUAGUUACUGAAACUAUAACUUCUCAGCAGGGGCUAUAGGAAGCCCCACCGCUUUUAGGUGGCUUUUCCUGGACACCCAGCUUGAGCUCCCAUAAAGGCCCCGUUUUUUGCAGGUUGUCUGGCUGUCACAAGAACAGUCAGUUUUAGGCAGCUCCUGCAUGGAAUGAUGUAGUGUCUGGCAUUAGAGCACUUCCAAAUCACCCAUCCUGUUUUCACUGUGUUAAGGUCACCUUGGGAAUAGUCCCUAACCCUGUCGAGCCUGGGUCCCUGCCACUGAUCAAUUAGAGAUGUCCAUUUUUGGUCCCUCCCAAUAAUCUACCUUUUCAUGAUCCAUUUUCAGAACCCUCCCAGAUAAGCAUGGACUGUUCAUGGUGUUCCAGCAAGGGGCUGGAGACUUCUUUUGUUUCCCAAGUGUUUGGAAGAGGAGCCCUGACCAGGCAUCAGGAUGAUGUUGCUCCUCAUAUUUACAUGAAAGCUUUGGUGAUACAUGUGUUAUUUUAAAAGGCAUCUAAACCCACAAGCCUGGGUCAGUCCAGCAAUUUUCUUUUGGCAGGCAGACCUUGAUGUGAGCUGGCAUUUCUCCUCAUUCUGUGGAACUGUCUUUAUCUGAUGGGCCUUCCACUAAGAAGGUAAAUGGCGGAUGUGUGGACAUUUGGGGAAGCUCCUCUUCCUGGUGAGCUUUAGUUUGUCCCCUGGAGAGAAGAAAAUUGAGCUGUGAAACUCAGGAGACCCAAGUGAAGGGAAGGCCAGUCCAGCCUGGGCUGUAGAGUCUUUUCGGUGUCUUUCCAGAAGUGUGUCUGAGCUUGUCCUGUGGGAGGCCUCCUCUUCAGCAGAGGAGCUGUGCCUUCAGGAAUUUUCCCAGCCAAAGAAAACAUUGCCUAGCCUCUUUCUCAUUCUGGGGUGGGGGUGGCUUUUGCUCCUAUCUCUUUAGAGUAGGGCAUCGGAAAGGAAGCAGGUGUCCCGGCCAGAGUGCAGUGUGGGAGGAGCACUGGACACACACUUGUAAACAGAGCCUCCUUCCCAUGCUUGUCUGGACCUUCAGGGUCACCUGGGAGUGGAUGGGUGAGAUGAUCGAGGAGGGCACUCCUUGCGGAAAAGGAAGAAGCUACCUGAGGUGGCUGGCGUUCCUGUGGGGUAACUGAAGGAGGCCGUCCAUACUUAAGCCACAUCAUCAGCUUUAUCUCCUUUUGGUUGAGGGGUUCACUAGAGAUGUCCUCAGUCCCUGAGGCCCCCCUAGGGUCCCCGACAUCCAGCAGCAUUCUUUAGAAAUAGUUUCUGUUUGUUGUUUGAACAGUUGUAUCUACUCACAGGGGAGUCACCCUCCCUGUACCCCAUGUUAUUCAGAGAGGGGUGCUGAUGCAUAGCCCCUUUCUCUGCCGUAUCCAGCAAGUAUCCCUAUAACUUGAUUGUCAUGCCAUCCCCUGGCAUUCUCUUUGCCUCACCUCUUCCUACGCUCACCCUUUCUUCUGCUUGCUUCCUUCCGCCUUCUGACUGAACUCUCUGCUCAUCUGGCACCAGAUGUCUUGAGGUCUACAAAGGCAGAAAAACAAAAGCUCUUGCUUUUUCCACUACAUUACCAGGCUGAGACCUCUAGAUCCUCCAGAGUAGGUGGAGGGCAGGGCUGUGGCUUCGGGACAUCAGCUCUGCCUUCUGCUUUUGGAAGGGAGGCCUGGUCCACUCUCCUGACUUGGGAGAGCAGAGGAGCAGGCCUGGGGAUCUGCCUGCCCUUGUGUGUAUUAACUGUGAAUAGUGAAUGCCAAAUGAACAGGUGUCUUCUCAGGGAUUUAUACAUAAAUAGAGUUAGGGGGAAAGUUGAAGUGUAUUUUAAAUAUUUUUGAUGUUUAAAUCAAUUAGGAUUAAACUGGACAGAAGAAAUAUUUCCAAGAUAGUGUCAGAGCUGCUGUUUCUAAGUGUGAUCUUGGCACUUGUUUCUCAGUGGAGAUUUAUGGGGACCAUGGCAGUGGGAAUGGCUGUGGAUAUGUUUGUGGCUGCUUCUGGGUGUGACCCUUGUGUUAACAGUUACCUUGCUGGGCAGCCUUUAAUCCUAGCACUUGGGAGGCAGGGGCAGGCGGACUUCUGUGA